AUGGUGAGCGGGAAUCUACUCUACCGGAGGAAGCGCUCGUGGCGUGCCGAUGAGCUCGUGAGCCGGAGCACGCUGCAAUUGCUGGACUUUGAUGAUGGCUCACCACCGGAGCAUGCAUGGAGAAGGAAACUAAGUAGUCAUGCUAAUAGAUUGAAGGAGUUCAAUGUCACAUUCAGAGAAGCAAUUAGAAUGAUGAAACUUGGUCUCCGACUUUGGUCAUACAUUCGGGAAGAAGCUUCUCAUGGAAGGAAAGCACCAAUCGAUCCAUUCACUAGAGAGGGCAACAGACCCUCAGCCUCACAAGGAGUACCUCUUGGUGGGAUGGGGAGUGGUAGCAUUUCAAGAGGCUUUAGAGGAGAAUUCAAGCAUUGGCAGAUAACUCCUGGUUCUUGUGAAAUGUCACCUGUGAUGGCCAAUCAAUUUUCGAUCUUUGUCACUCGGGGAGGAAACAAGAAAUACGCUUCAGUUUUGGGCCCUGGUCAACUUGGUGGUUUGAAGAAAUCUACUGAUGAUGGUAUAUCGUCCUGGGACUGGAAAUUAAAGGGCGAUCGUUCAACAUAUCAUGCUUUGUUUCCUCGAGCAUGGACUGUUUAUGAUGGCGAGCCAGAUCCUGAACUGAAAGUAUCCUGCCGUCAAAUAUCUCCAUUUAUUCCCCAUGAUUACCAAGAGAGCAGUCUUCCUACCUCUGUUUUUGUAUAUACUCUAGUGAAUACUGGAAAGGAAAGGGCAAAAGUUAGCCUAUUGAUGACUUGGGCGAAUUCUAUAGGAGGACUUUCACAUCAUUCUGGGGGUCACGUAAAUGAGCCAUUCAUAGGAAAAAAUGGAGUUUCUGGUGUUCUUCUACAUCACAAGACAGCCAAUGACAAUCCUCCUGUAACAUUUGCAAUUGCGGCAUGUGAAAAUCAAAAUGUAAAUGUCACAGUAUUGCCUGUUUUUGGGCUUUCUGGAGAAAAUUCUGUUACUGCUAGGGAAAUGUGGGGCACAAUGGUCCAGGAUGGUUCCUUUGACCGAGAUAAUUUCAAUGCUGGUCCCAGCAUGCCUUGUUUGCUGGGCGAUACAGUUUGUGCAGCAGUUUCUGCUUCCACCUGGGUUGAACCACAUGGAAGAUGUACAGUUGUAUUUGCAUUGGCUUGGUCUUCUCCUAAGGUUAAGUUUAAAAAGGGGAGUACAUACUACAGGAGAUAUACAAAGUUCUAUGGAACUUCUCCAAGAUCAGCCGUCAAUUUGGUAGAGGACGCUUUGAUGAAGUAUAAGCAUUGGGAAGAAGCGAUUGAUAAGUGGCAGACCCCGAUUCUCCGAGAUGAGAGGCUUCCAGAAUGGUACAAGAUUACACUCUUUAAUGAGCUGUACUUCCUAGUUGCCGGUGGAACCGUUUGGAUUGAUAGUGAAUCUUUGGUGUCUGAUGCUGAUAACAAGUUGAAUCCAAGUCCCCCAGAAGACAGUAAUUUGCCAUUUCAUGAUAUCACAUGCAAUUCUACAGUUCCACUCAUCGGUUUUGACCCACAUGAGAUCGAUGACAAAGAAAAUGUUGGGAAGUUUUUGUACCUUGAAGGAAUAGAAUACUUCAUGUGGUGCACCUAUGAUGUACACUUCUAUGCCUCCUUUGCUCUUUUGGAUCUGUUUCCUAAGAUUGAAUUGAGCAUUCAACGUGAUUUUGCUAGAGCUGUUUUGCGGGAAGAUAACAGAAGAGUCAGAUUUCUUGCUGAUGGUACCUGGGGUAUUCGUAAAGUAAUCGGUGCUGUCGCCCAUGAUCUUGGAGCACAUGAUCCUUGGCAUGAAUUGAAUGCUUACAACAUACAUGAUACAAGUAGAUGGAAAGAUCUUAAUCCCAAGUUCGUGCUUCAGAUUUACAGGGAUUUUGCUGCAACAGGUGAUAAGUCAUUUGGCAAGGAUGUCUGGCCUGCAGUCUGUACUGCUAUGGAAUACAUGGAACAAUUUGAUCAUGAUGGUGAUGGUAUGAUUGAAAAUGAUGGAUUUCCUGAUCAAACUUACGAUGCUUGGACAGUUCAAGGAGUAAGUGCGUAUUGUGGUUGCCUCUGGCUUGCUGCCCUUCAAGCUGCAGCGGCACUGGCCCGAAGCCUUGGACAUGAUGAUUAUGCUGAGAGGUGCAUGACAAGAUUUGCAAAAGCUAAAUCUGUAUUUGAAGCCAGGUUAUGGAAUGGUUCAUACUUCAAUUAUGACAGUGGUACAAGUUAUAAUAGCCGCUCCAUCCAGGCAGAUCAGCUGGCUGGACAAUGGUAUACAGCAUCGUCAGGUUUACCUCCUCUAUUUGAUGAGGAUAGGAUAAAAUGCACGCUUCAGAAAAUAUUUGACUAUAAUGUGAUGAGGGUGAAAGGAGGACGUAUGGGAGCCGUGAAUGGUACUGGUUCCAAACUCCAGAAGCAUGGACAAUUGACGGUCACUACAGUGGGCCUUGUCGCCUCCAAGGUCGAUACUGGAGGCGCCAAAGGGAGCACCUCAUGUAAGAAAAUGUUGAGUGUGGGAUGGGUGCCAUAUUCUGUUCAGGCUUUUGCAGUUAUGUGGUGUACCUCUGACAUGAUGAUUAUGCUCACAUUGUUGUACAGAAAACGUACAUAA